AUGAUGACUAAGGCUUCCAUUUUGGUGCUGUUCAUUGCUCUUCUUUUCUGUCUGCAGUCCCGAUGUGAGGAUUCAUCGCUAAGAAGCAAUGGAACUAAUCUCUCAUCGACUUCUUGUGACCUGAGUCAGCCGAAGCAAACAAUGAUGAUAAGCAAGGGUUUCACCUGGGCCUUUUGGGUAAUACUUGKCGCUGUUGGAUUUUUUUGCAGUGGUCUUGUCAUUCACGCUGUCGUAGCCAACCCACACAUGCACACAACGACAAACUACCUCAUUGUCAACAUGGCAGUCGGUGAUACGCUUGCGACUUUGAUGACAGCCAUUACAGCGUUGUUUAUCCUUGUGAACUCAUGGAAUGGAGGUGAUAAUAUAUGGUCUUCAAUAUUCUGUAAGACCAGUUAUUGUUCGCUUUAUACUUUUAUGCUUUGUUCAGUAUUAAGCUUAGUUGGUAUCACCUUCGAUCGAUUCCUGGCUGUUAUACGACCUCUUAAACACAAUAACCAUUCUUCCUGGAUAAAAUGUGCUAUACCAAUCAUUUGGCUGGCAUCCAUAGCCAUACCAAGCAACUACGUUAUAAAUAAAGUUAAAUUGUGUCCAUUGGGUGCCAACAAGGUUUACUGCCUGGCACACUCGUCGGAAUUCGACGGCAUUCUGAUCUUUUCGAUUGGUUUUGCUCUUCCGCAUGUUGUCAUGGUAAUUCUAUAUAUGGUAAUUGCCUACAAGCUCUGCACAAGAAGAGUUCCUGGGGAGCAUGCUCAUGAUGCAAGAGCCAAUACAGCUGCAAGGAAAGUCGCCAAAAAAGUCACUUNNNNUAUGAUAAUCUGCAUUCUUGUAGCGUUUGAAGUAUCAUGGUGUCCAUUCUUUUUUGGUUAUAUCCUUCCUUAUCUUCUUUUCGAAGAAGAUGUCACAACCUACGCACAGCUCUUUGGAUACAAGGCGUUAAUGUCCUCUAAUGGAAUUUCCAAUUUCAUGAUCUAUGCUUUCUUCAAUCAAAACUUUCGCCGCGCAUUCAAAGAAACUUUGCGGUCUGGCUCCAAAAAGAAGUGCCCAGGAAAAGUACAAGUGAAUGACAUGAGCACCAAGAUGAGUGAUGACCACAUUUUAUCUCAGCGAGACAAGACCUCGACGACUACAAUUCCAACAUGCACAGACAAGACGGCUUAA